AUGGAAUAUUGUUCGAGUCAAUGUUUUAAUCGUGUAUUAUAUGCUGUGUUAGUUGGAAUAUCACCUAUUGUUAUAUGUCUUUUAUUAAUUGGUCUAACUCGAAUUAUAUUACAUUGUCUUGAAUUAGCUUAUUAUCGACGACAAAAAGUAUAUGAUCGUCGUCGUUCACCAUCAGUUUUUUAUCAAGGUGAUCGUCCUACUCUUUUAUAUACGCCAGUAUCAAUUGCUGAAUUACAACGUAUUAUUCAAGGUGAAUAUCAAAGUCAACAACCAACUGAAUCAUCAUUAUCAAUUUCAAAUAAUGAUGAUGAUACACUUACAGCAUCAAAAUUUGUGAAAUCAAUAUUAUCAAGACAUGAAUCACCGCCAUCACCACCUUUAUCAAGUACUAUUGCGAAUCUUAUUAUUCGUCGUAAUGCUAUUAAUACAAUUCCAUUUACAGCAAUAUUUGCGACUGUUUCUACACCUUCUUCACCAACGCUCGAUAUGAUUGAUGAGCAAAAAAUACGACGAUCAAAUUUUACAUCUAUUAAACAUGAAUCAGCUGAAAGAACACCAUUAACAACAACCGAUAAUGAUAAUUAUCAUGUCAUUAGACAUGAUUCAUCUCAAUCUGAACCAGUAGAAACUGAUCCAUUAUUUAGACCACCAAUAAGAACAAUGUCUUCUACAACUACAAUUGUUAUGGAAGAAUCUCGUGAAUUUUAUUCAACUCAAUCAAUACCAUUUUCAUUAAAUUAA